GUACCUACCAACCGCUCCUCCCACCAAUAAUGAAACAAUUUUCUUCCCAUCUUUACCCUUCCAUACUCAUCUUAAUUACUUCGCUUCUGUUCCCCUGUUCUUCCCAAAGUCAAUUCCUUCCACUCUUCUUCUCCUAUAGCUCAUCAUCAAUGGCCUCAUCCAUCACCCAAAUCUCUCUCUUCCUUCUAUUCCUAACUCUCUUCUCAGAAACCCAAUUAUCUCAAUCCCUCAAAGACCUCAAACCCAACCCCAACCGUCCAUCCACCUCGCUCCAAUCAAUCACAGACAUCCAUGACCUCCUCCCCAAGUACGGUCUCCCAAGGGGUCUGUUACCCGACAACGGAUGCAUAUGGAACAAGGGUCUGAUUCAGUUGAGUUUUACGUUGGGGCUCUGUCCGAGAAAUUGCCUGCUAAACAGUUCGAGGAUAUUCCUGUAUGUAAGAGCAAGGCUUGCCGAGGAGGAGCUAGUGUUGAGUCAAUGUGAGGUAGAAAGAACUAAAUGAAGUUGGCAUUGGAAGAGGAAUAAAGUGUGCAUAUGUUUCUAUCUGUUGCAAGAAUUUUAUGCUUGUUGCUCUCAAGUUCUCUCCACACAAGUGGCCUACAAAAGCAAAUGUAUGUGCAUAUGAAUUUCUUGUUAGUUGCCACAAAAAAAAAAUAAUGUAUUGUUAUUUCCUCUGUUUGCCAACUACAAGCACUGAUCUACACCGAAUGAAUUAUAAGUAAAUAUAUGUGAAAAUUUAAUGCUUGUCAAUGAAAAUUUGUGGGAAUGUUUUAUUAUGAUUAUUACAAUAA